UUGACUAUUUGGUAAAAGCUAACAGCGAUGGUUUCUCUUUUGAAAUUGGAAAGAAAAAUCCUUACUGACGGCUUCAACUCCUUCUUCUUUCUUCUUUCUUCUCCACCUACAUCAUAAUAACUCCAAAUAAAUCAUUAUUAUUAAACACAAAACAACACAACAAACAAACAAAACACACAAUUCUCAAACAUGGGAGGAUGUUUCUUCUUCUCCCUCCUCUUCUUGUUCAUCACAAUCUCAACUUCUACCGCCACAGACACGUUAACCUCAUCACAAAUUCUCAGAACAAAUCAAACCCUUGAAUCUCUUCAAGGUUCAUUCGUUCUUGGUUUCAUCUCACGAACAUCUUCCAACGUUUAUUUAGCUAUAUGGUACAAAAACAUCCCAGACACUGUUGUUUGGGUCGCUAACAGAGACAACCCUCUUCAAAAUUCAACCGACACCUUCCUCAAAAUCGCUGACGAUGGAAACAUAGUACUUCUCAACUCAUCGACAGAUUCAAACAACCUCGUUUGGUCUUCUUCGAAUCAAACGAAUGCGAAAAACCAAGUUCUUGUUCUUCAGCUUUUAGAUACUGGAAAUCUAGUACUCAGAGAAACAAACGUGGAUGAUCCAACUAAAUAUCUAUGGCAAAGCUUCGAUCACCCGACAGAUACUUUGUUACCAAACAUGACCAUGGGUUGGAACUUCGACAAAAAAACUGAAAAGCACUUAACAUCAUGGAAAAACACAGGUCAAGAUCCUUCAUCAGGUGAUUAUUCAUACAAAAUUGAUUUUCAUGGUUUACCAGAAGUUUUCCUGCGGAAUGAUGAUACUAUAAUAUACCGAAGUGGACCGUGGAAUGGUGAAAGAUUCAGCGGUGUACCGGAGAUGGAACCUGACACAGAUUCAAUUGUUUUCAGUUUCUCAUCGAACGAACACGGUGUGAGCUACUCAUUUUCGAUUGGAAAUAAGUCAACUUUUUCGAGACUUGUAGUGAAUUCUAAUGGUCAACUUCAACGGAAAACUUGGGAUCAGAGUAGCAAAACAUGGACAACGUUUUGGUACGCGCCGAAAGAUCAAUGUGAUGAUUACAAAGAAUGUGGUCCUUAUGGUGUGUGUGAUUCCAACGCUUCGCCGGUUUGUGAAUGCAUGAAAGGGUUCAGUCCUAAGAAUGAGCAAGCUUGGAAACUGAGAGAUGGAUCUGAUGGGUGUGUGAGGGAUAAGGAUUUGAAUUGUACGAGUGAUAAAUUUUAUCAUAUGGAGAAUGAUAUUACUACAAAAUUUAUGGUAUGAAAUCAAACUAUAAAUAUUAUAAUAGAUUUUUUUUAUUAU